CAGUCAUCUGGCAUCACCGGAUCUCUUUGUGUGUGUCGACUGAAGCCAAACAGGCUGCGCGGUGCGGAAUCAGUAGUUUGUGCCGAGUUUGAAGAGGUGGGAGGCUUUUACGCACGCAUGUUUUUCCCGUCUGAGCUAAAAUCAAAGUUUGGAAUUACUGCCAUUUUUUUGAAAGUAAGCGCGCUUUCACUGACUGUAUGAAAUAGCUUUGGACUUCUGGAGCUCUUUGAAGAGACCAGCUUGCCAUUUAAUAUGACCGCUGAGGCGCAUUCACAUUUGGGACUGCAGAAAAACCCCAUGGAUUUCGUCAGCGACUUCGACUUGAUGAAGUUCGGCGUUAAGAAGGAGGCGAUGCAGGGAUUGGACCGCUCCUUCAUCGGGCCGUGCAGCCAGCUCCAGAGACCGGACUCUGUCUCGUCCACCCCUGGCAGCACACCUUGCAACUCGGUACCCUCAUCACCAAACCUCAAUUUAAACGAGCAGAGAAAUAACGCCGGCGGUAACCAGUUCUGGAUACCCAACAACGGGGGUUACCCUCAGCAAAUGUACCCUCAAGCUUUCGGGCUGACACCCGAGGACGCGAUGGAUGCCCUAAUCGGCGUUACGGCGCAGCAGGGACAUCCAUCUGUGCCGCACGGCCACCAUCCGCCACCUUUCCAAGCUGAAUACGAAGGGUACGGACACCUCAGCGAGCCUGUUCAGCACUACCCGGGACUCCCGGGUCACCCCGACAUGCAAGGCAUUCCCACCAGCCACUGCCAAGACCCCUAUCUUAAAGAAGACGUAGGGUGCGCGUCCCCUGAGUCGCCGGAGGACCAGCAGGUCCUCGGGGCGCACCACCAGCAGCACAGCCGCCACGACAGGCGCACCAACGCCGAGAACCACUUCUCAGACGACCAGCUGGUGUCCAUGUCCGUCAGAGAGCUCAACCGGCUUCUCAGAGGCCUCAGCAAGGACGAAGUGAUGCGUCUGAAGCAGAAGCGCCGGACCCUGAAAAACAGAGGUUACGCACAGUCCUGCCGUUACAAGCGCGUCCAGCAGAAACACGUUUUGGAGCACGAGAAGACGAGCCUGGUGUCACAGGUCGAGCAGCUGAAACAUGAACUUAACAGACUGAUGCGGGAGAGGGAUGCAUACAAACAAAAAUGCGAGAAACUGUCCGGUGCAAACUGUUACCACGAAACUGGGUCCACCAGUGACAACCCCUCCUCACCCGAGUAUUUAAUGUGAGUUCGUUGAUUUCCUGCAGAACUGAUUUUUUUUUCAUGGGGAGGCAUUACAAUGACUUGCUCCUUAACAAACACUCCCAUGGAUUCAUCAACUUUUAAUUAAUGUUGGACAUAUGGAUGUCAGUCAGAUAAUUGUAAUAGAUGCAACUAGGCAACAAGUUAUGAAUGGAAAAUUACAAUGAAGCAUGCAUGCAGGACAUGUAUGAGAUGUUUUUAUUUUAUACAGGCAUAUCUGUAUUUUGUCUGACAGGAGAUACUUGAAAUCAGAGAAGAUUCCCUUUUUAUUAAUAUACAACUUUAAGGCGUUUGCUCCAGUUACUCCUCAAUCUUUAUUUUU